AUGGUGGAAAAUGGUCAAGAGGUUCCUUUACCUGUAGCAGACUUUGUGGUGAACAUAGUUGAUAUUGCGAAGGUGACCCAUAUUGGUCGUGUUUUCGGUCCAGUCUCUCCAAAAGAGGUGCAAGAUGUUUCAAUCCGUAAGAAGGUGGAGAUUCCAGUAGUGAAUUUGGUUAGUGCUCUAGUGUGUCAGUCUGGUAAAUCCAUAAAACUGAAGACUAAUGAUGAUGAUGAAGUUUUAAGGCUAAUAAAGAGGACAUCAAAUGCCAAAAAUUCCGAAGGCAACCAAGAAGAUGAAACUUCAAGUGUUGAAGAAAGCAACACUAACGUCAUGCAACGUUGUUCAUCAAACCAUACCAUAACCUUGAUACAAAAGGUGGUUGCAGAAUUCAUUGGAACAUAUUUUGUGAUAUUUGCUCGGUGUGGUGUUAUAGCAGUGAAUAAGAUCUAUGGCUCUGUGACAUUUCCAGGGAUUUGUAUCACUUGGGGACUUAUUGUAAUGGUAAUGUGUUACUUUGUUGGUCAUAUCUCUGGAGGCCACUUCAACCCUGCUGUUACCAUCACUUGGGCCAUCUUUCGCCGUAUCUCAAUUAAAGAGGCUCCACUAUACAUUCUUGCUCAGUUGUUUGCAUCAAUACUUGCAAGUGGCACAUUAUCUUUAAUGUUUGAGAUCACAUCCGAAACUUAUUUUGGAACCGUACCAGUUGGCUCAAAUGCUCAAUCUUUAGUUCUUGAAAUCAUUACCAGUUUUCUCUUAUUGUUUGUCGUUUCAGCAAUCUCCACAGACGAAAGAGCGUUUUAUGAAUAUAAGAUUCUAAUAGGCAUUUGCUUAACAUAG